ACGACCCCUUCAAGCUACCACGUGUCAAUGAAAAGAACUCAAUCCAGUACAAAUCGCUGACUGUACUCUCUGCUGAAAUCACAGUUCGUUUUAGGUUUUUUCAUUGGUUCUGAUAUACACCAAAAUCCUGCCAUAAACAAUGGCUGAAGAAAACUCUACUGCAGACUUUAACAUGGAAGCUGGUAUCCAAAAUCUAGCAACGUCAAUGGCGGAUCAAAACACUGAAACCACAAAUCCUAAUUCUGGACUAAACCCUGAAACCCUAAACCCUAAUUCUGAACAAAGCCCUAAGCUUGAACCUACUCCAAACCAUAAUUCUGAAGAACAGCACGGCGUGAAGAGAAAGAACGACGGCAAGGAAAACUCCGAUUCAUUCUGGAAAACUAGUCUUUGCUCAUAUUUCAGAAGGCACGCUCGGGACUGCAGGCAUGGAGAAAAUUGCAGGUAUGCUCACAGUGAGCAGGAGCUAAGGCCUCGACCAGAUAAUUCAUGGGACCCCACCUCUGAACGGGCCAAAAGGCUAAAGAGAGAAAAAGAGCUUGAUCUUAACCCUUCUGAAGAUCCUGAAGGUCUUUCUGGGGUCACAGAUAGCAGAACUGCGUCCUUGAGUAAGUGUAUCAUUAAUAUCCCAAAAGGAUGGUUUGCAGGCAGAUUCAAGAGGCUUCUUGAUGAUCUGGAAUUGCCAUAUUCAAAUGCUAAAAAGAAAAAGGGUGCAAGUGUUGGGUUCGUUACAUUCUCCAGUGAAGAGUAUGUCAUGUUAGCUACAGAGAAAUUGAAUGGGCAUACUAUAAACAAACAGCAAUUAAAGGUUGCAGAUGUUCUUCCACGCUCAUGGGAGAAGCAAAAAGCUAAACAAGUAAUUGAAGAAGAGAGAAAUCACCAACAUGUGGAUGAUUCUGAUGCAUCAAACUCUCAAACACUGGAGACUGAGGAACUUGGUGAUGGAAAUACUAUAGACAACCAAAAUAUGGUUACUGAUGGAUCUAUUGUAAAGACAAGGAGUGUCUGUGAUGAACUUGGUGAUGGAAAUACUAUAGACAAUCAAAAUAUGGUUACUGAUGGAUCUAUUAUAAAGACAAGGAGUGCCCGUGAUGCUGUGACCCCUCUUGCAGAUAUGCCCUAUGAGGAGCAACUAAAUCAGAAGAAAAAUUCUGUAAUGCAGAUCCUUAAAAAACUGGCUCGGAAUGCCCGCAAGGCAUGUCCAAGUGAAUUGGCACUCCCUGAAUGGAUUCUUUCUGCAAAGGAAAGAGGUGGACUUGCAUGUCAGUUUGAGGGUAUUCUUAAUUCACCUGUUGUAAAUGGGUAUCGCAACAAGUGUGAGUUUACUGUUGGCCAUUCAACAGAUGGUGAAAUUGCAGUAGGCUUCCUGCUUGGUAAUUUCAGGGAGGGAUUGACAGCUGUUGAAGAACCCACAAAGUGCCCAAAUGUUUCAACCACUGCUUGCAAAUUUGCAUCAAUCUUUCAAAACUUUGUGCUGUCAUCUCCAUUACCAGUUUGGAACAAGUAUCAAAACAGAGGUUUUUGGCGACUUUUCACUGUUCGAGAUGGACGAGCCCCAAUCCAGGUUUCUAACUCAGAAAAUGAACAGCCUAAUAUUGCUGAGGUUAUGCUUAUUGUGCAGAUUUGCUCGGCAGGUGUUGAGGAGAAGUUAAAGUCAAGUGAAUUCAAGAGAAUGGCUCAAGAACUUACAGUCGCAGCAGCAACAGCUUCUCCACCACUUCCACUCACUGCCCUUUUUGUGCAGGACCACUUGGGUAUUUCCAAUGCAGCACCUGCAGAUGCUCCAUUGUUCCCAAUACAUCUACCUAAGGUUGUGGCGGGUAAGAUUGUAGAGGGUGAUUGCAGAGAACCUGUAGGCCAAAUUCAUGAUUACAUAAAUAGUCUUUGCUUCCGUAUAUCACCAACUGCUUUUUUUCAGGUUAACAGUCUUGCUGCCGAAAGACUCUAUUCCCUGGCUGGUGAUUGGGCUCAGCUUAGCCCUACAACACUUCUUUUUGAUGUAUGCUGUGGGACAGGCACAAUUGGUUUGACACUAGCUAGCCGUGCUGGCAUGGUUGUAGGAAUUGAAAUGAUUGCCCCUGCUGUCGCAGAUGCUCAAAGGAAUGCAGAAAUUAAUGGUAUAAAAAACUGCCGGUUUGUUUGUGCAAAGGCUGAAGAUGUGAUGGAAUCCUUGCUGAAAGAGUAUCUUGAUAUAACAACACAGACAGAAUCUGAUAUCAAAGCAGAUAUCAGUGAGAAGAGCAAUGAUAAUAUGACAAAGGAAUGCUCCAGUCAAUCUGAAGAACAAAGGUCCGAUUCUUCAGUGCCUAAAAAUGUAGAAGAUAAUAAUGUUGAUAAGGAAUGUGAAGAACUUGAUAACAAAGGCACCAGCUCUUUAGGUAUCUCUUCUCAGACAAAUGGUGAUUCUGAAAUCAAGAAGGAUGAUAGUGCACCAAAGCAGUUUAAUGAUGUUGUUGCCAUAGUUGACCCACCACGUGCUGGUCUACACCCUACUGUCAUCAAAGCUCUUCGCACUCAUCCAUGCUUGCGACGCCUUGUCUAUAUCUCAUGUAAUCCAGAGACAUUAUUAGAAAAUGCAAUUGAACUUUGCACACCAUCAACUGAGAAAAAUGAGAAAGGGAAGGGGAAUACACGAGGGUUCAGACAUAUGAGCAACUUAGGUCAUGCUAGGCAGCGUGCCAAAUCCAUGCCUAUGUCAGAAGCUUUCCGCCCAGUAAAAGCGAUGGCUGUAGAUUUGUUUCCUCAUACACCCCACUGUGAGGUGGUAAUGCUGCUAGAGAGAUAGGAUCUGAAUUUUCUUAGUGAAAUUAUUUAUGUUCUAUAUGUUGCAUACCCAUGGGCUACAUGGGUUGUGAAUGGCAAUAAACGUAAUCACAGUCUACUUCAGAAGAAUUUUGGCCUAUAAGGGCAUUUGCUCAUAAUCCUUACUGUGAGAUGGUAAUGCUGCUGAAAGAGAGUAUUGGAAUGUUGCAAAUAUUCUUAGUAAAAUUUUAUAUCCUCUAUAGAUUGCAUUUCCAUCCAUACCACUGGCCAUUGGACAAUGUUUGGUAUAACUUUUUGUGUUACUGCCCAAUGCAGGGUUUUUUCCCUUUACUUUUUGGAUACUGUAUUGCAAUUUAAUGAAUAAUAUAAAAUAACUUUUGUGCUUAA